CUUCGCAACGUUGUGUCGCUGGUGCCUCAGACGCUGAGAGCCGCGAGAGCCUUGCAGCCCAGAGGAAGGAGAAGCUUCCACCAGUCAAAGUUCGCCAUGGAUCUUCAUGCCCAUACAAAAGGAGCUCAUGACGCCUACACUCCAGGCGAGAAAGGAGAUGGUUAUUACUCUCAGAACACGAGAGGUUGUUACGAGGUUGUCAUGAAUGCGAAGAAGGAGAUCAUGUCGUGCCUUCAGAGUCAGACAGCUCCGUCAGGAUCUUACAACAUCGCCGAUUUUGGUUGUGCUGAUGCGGGAACAUCAAUGCCCAUGGUCUAUGACAUCGUGAAGGAACUUAAGAGCCGCAACCCAAACCAGGAAAUCUGUGUACACUAUGAAGAUCAGGUUACCAAUGAUUGGUUGUCAGUUUUCAACCACACCCAAGGUCUGAUUGCUGGAGGCCCCAAGCCCUACCUCAAAGACUUCUCCAAGGUUUUUGUUCAGGCAUCUGCCACAUCAUUCUUCGAGCAGUGUUUUCCCAGCGGAUCCAUCAACCUUUCCAUGUCGUUCACAGCCAUGCAUUGGUUGUCUGACCAUCCUGGGAAGUUGAAGACCGCAUUGCACCAUGUCGAUUGCCUGUUCUGUUGGAGAAUCUUGCUGACUAUCAGGAGGCAGACGUUGGCGGAUAAGAAUGAGGUCCAAAAGAUUUCAGCUAUGGCAGCUAAGGAUUGGGAGAGAAUCCUCACCCAUAGAGCGAAUGAGCUUUCCAGCGGCUCUUACGUUGUUAUCGUCAAUUUUGCUACCGAUGAAAAGGGCCAGUUCCUUGGCCACACGGUCCCGAGCUACUCUGAAGGAAAGAUUGAGCCCGGGGCUUGUCGUGAAAGCAUGCAUGGCUGGUUCAACAAGAUUUGGGCAGAAUUCCGGGACAAGGGCAAGAUUUCGCAGGAAGAGUACGAGAACUGUGUGUUUCCAAAUUAUUAUCGCACCAAGGAAGAGACUCUUGCUCCCUUUCAAGACCCCAACAGCGCAGUCUCUAAGGCUGGUUUGAAGCUUGUCUCUGCAGACUGCAGAGUUGUUCCAUGCCUCUACCGGGCCAAGUGGCUGAGUGGUGAAUCGAAGGACGCCAAGGCGCACGCUAAAGAAUACGUGCCGACGACUCGCACGUGGUCCAACGCGACGUUCUACUCUGCCUUGGACAGCUCUCGUUCAGUAGCUGAGCGAGAGGCCAUUGUCGACGAUCUGUUCCUUCGGUACGAGGAGGAGGUCGCCAAGUGCCCAGAGCAUCACGGAAUGGACUAUGUGCACAUGUAUGUUGUUGCCAAGAAAAUGUGAAUUUGAAGAGGGGAGUGAGAGGAAAAGAUUCCUUGUUGCGUGAGAAAUUAAAAAAUUAUCAGAAUAAUCCUCUUGAUUUUACACAUCGUAACUGUCGCAUGUACCGAUGUCACACAGUAUGUUUGCAAUCCUAGGGAGAUGAAUUUCAUGCCCUGAAGCUCGACGACAAGACUUUGCAAGGCUGUUGUGCUUUCUGCCGCCGUCUCUUCUCUCGGUUGCCGCAGACCAUUCAUGUCAGACCUUUCAUGUCAGUUUCAUGAAAGUUUUUCAGAGUCCCGGCAGGUCGUGCAGCAGCUACAGGUGUCAUACGUCUUGUCGCUAUUGUCCACCCCGGUGCCUCUAAGGCGUCUGGUUCUUGCGCUGCCACGUCAUCAGCCUCGUCCUGCUGUCACUCGCGCUAGCCCAGGGAGCAAGCGGAAGUCCCACGCCGAGCUUGCGCUGCCUGCGAGUCCGCCGACGAGCUUGUUGCCCCCUCGAGGACGAUCGACGCGAGUGAGACUGACCGCCAUGCUCGAACCAGGCAUAUUGAACUCUCUCGUUGGGGAGGUCGGCGGAGGAAGCGCAAGGGGUGUCAUCCCAUAGCUGGAGAGCGAGAGGAGAAGCAUCGAUGACGUGUUUGACGCGUACAGCAGUCUCGUUGUCUUUCAGGAG